AUGCUAGUUCAGCCUCUGGAAAAUAGCUCACCUACACAGACCUCGUGCCGCCAGCGUAGGCUGUGUUCUCACGCCCUCUUCAAUUUUGCAGGAGCCGACAAUGGCGAAGUCCUCCCUGAAUCCAUCCCAUCAGCUCCUGGCACCCUGCCUCAUUUCAUAGAGGAGCCAGACGAUGCUUAUAUCAUCAAGAGCAACCCCAUCGCACUGCGGUGCAAAGCAAGGCCGGCCAUGCAGAUCUUCUUCAAGUGCAACGGCGAGUGGGUCCACCAAAACGAGCAUGUCUCAGAGGAGAGUCUGGAUGAGAGUUCAGGCCUGAAGGUCCGGGAGGUGUUCAUCAACGUCACCAGGCAGCAGGUGGAAGACUUCCACGGGCCGGAAGACUACUGGUGCCAGUGCGUGGCCUGGAGCCACCUGGGGACCUCCAAGAGCAGGAAGGCCUCCGUGCGCAUAGCCUAUUUACGGAAGAACUUCGAGCAAGACCCGCAGGGGAGGGAGGUUCCCAUCGAAGGCAUGAUCGUGCUGCACUGCCGGCCGCCUGAGGGAGUCCCUGCUGCCGAGGUGGAGUGGCUGAAGAACGAGGAGCCCAUUGACUCGGAACAAGACGAGAACAUCGACACGAGGGCCGACCACAACCUGAUCAUCAGGCAGGCGCGGCUCUCCGACUCCGGGAACUACACCUGCAUGGCUGCCAACAUCGUGGCCAAGAGGAGGAGCCUGUCGGCCACGGUGGUGGUUUAUGUGAAUGGAGGCUGGUCUUCCUGGACAGAGUGGUCAGCCUGCAAUGUUCGCUGUGGUAGAGGAUGGCAGAAACGUUCCCGGACCUGUACCAACCCAGCUCCUCUCAAUGGUGGGGCCUUUUGUGAGGGCAUGUCAGUGCAGAAAAUUACCUGCACUUCUCUUUGUCCUGUGGACGGGAGCUGGGAAGUGUGGAGCGAGUGGUCAGUCUGCAGUCCAGAGUGUGAGCAUUUGCGGAUCCGCGAGUGCACCGCGCCACCCCCGAGGAACGGGGGCAAGUUCUGCGAAGGUCUGAGCCAGGAGUCCGAAAACUGCACAGACGGUCUCUGCAUUCUAGAUAAAAAACCUCUUCAUGAAAUAAAACCCCAAAGCAUCGAGAACGCCAGCGACAUCGCCCUGUACUCAGGCUUGGGUGCCGCCGUCGUAGCCGUUGCGGUCCUGGUCAUCGGGGUCACUCUUUACAGACGGAGCCAGAGUGACUACGGCGUGGACGUCAUUGACUCUUCUGCAUUGACAGGUGGCUUCCAGACCUUCAACUUCAAAACAGUCCGUCAAGGUAACUCCCUGCUCCUGAACUCUGCCAUGCAACCGGACCUGACAGUGAGUCGGACAUACAGUGGUCCCAUCUGCCUGCAGGACCCUCUGGACAAGGAACUGAUGACCGAGUCUUCCCUCUUUAACCCUCUGUCAGACAUCAAAGUCAAGGUUCAGAGCUCAUUCAUGGUUUCUCUGGGAGUGUCAGAGAGACCUGAGUACCAUGGCAAGAACCAUUCCGGGACUUUUCCCCACGGAAACAACCGCAGCUUCACUACAGUGCACCCCAGAAACAAAACCCCCUACCUCCAGAAUCUGUCAUCGCUCCCCACAAGGACGGAACUGAGGACAACUGGCGUCUUUGGCCAUUUAGGAGGACGCUUAGUAAUGCCAAAUACAGGAGUGAGUUUACUCAUACCCCACGGCGCCAUCCCAGAGGAGAAGUCUUGGGAGAUUUAUAUGUCUAUCAACCAAGGUGAACCCAGCCUGCAGUCCGAUGGAUCCGAGGUGCUCCUGAGUCCCGAGGUCACCUGUGGUCCCCCGGACAUGAUGGUCACCACUCCCUUUGCACUGACCAUACCACACUGUGCGGACGUCAGCUCUGAGCACUGGAACAUCCAUCUGAAGAAGAGGACACAGCAGGGCACGUGGGAGGAAGUGAUGUCAGUGGAGGAUGAAUCCACAUCCUGUUACUGCCUUUUGGACCCCUUUGCAUGUCAUGUGCUCCUAGACAGCUUUGGGACAUAUGCCCUCACUGGAGAACCAAUCACAGACUGUGCCGUGAAGCAACUCAAAGUGGCAGUUUUUGGCUGCAUGUCCUGUAACUCUCUGGACUACAACUUGAGAGUCUAUUGUGUGGACAACACCCCUUGUGCAUUUCAGGAAGUGGUUUCAGAUGAAAGGCAUCAAGGUGGACAGCUGCUGGAAGAACCAAAGUUGCUGCAUUUCAAAGGGAAUACCUUUAGCCUCCAGAUCUCUGUCCUCGAUAUCCCCCCGUUCCUCUGGAGAAUUAAACCGUUCACUGCAUGUCAGGAAGUCCCGUUCUCCCGCGUGUGGUGCAGCAACUGGCAGCCCCUGCACUGUGCCUUCUCCCUGGAGCGCUACACGCCCACCACCACCCAGCUGUCCUGCAAAAUCUGCAUCCGGCAGCUCAAAGGCCAUGAACAGAUCCUCCAAGUGCAGACAUCAAUCCUAGAGAGUGAAAGGGAAACCAUCACUUUCUUUGCACAAGAGGACAGCGCUUUCCCUGCGCAGACCGGCCCCAGAGCCUUCAAAAUCCCCUAUUCCAUCAGACAGCGGAUUUGUGCGACAUUUGAUACCCCCAAUGCCAAAGGCAAGGACUGGCAGAUGUUGGCACAGAAAAACAGCAUCAACAGGAAUUUAUCUUAUUUUGCUACCCAAAGUAGCCCAUCUGCUGUCAUUUUGAACCUGUGGGAAGCUCGUCAUCAGCACGAUGGUGACCUUGACUCCCUGGCCUGUGCCCUUGAAGAGAUUGGGAGGACACACACGAAACUCUCAAACAUUACGGAACCCCAGCUUGAUGAAACCGACUUCAACUACAGCAGGCAAAAUGGACUCUAGUCCCCUCCCUCUCAAGAGACAGAGUGAUAGCCAGCUUUGGGACAUUUGCUUUAAACGGAAGAAAGAGGCAGCUUUCUGCCCCAGUGGCGUUUGGGAAAUUCAGCCUUCAUUUAUAACCAGUGACAAUCCCUGGUUGGAGAAACUGAAUUUAGUAUAGGUAAAACGUGUUAACAGGGAAGAGGACAAGCUUUCUUAAAUGAAAGAGGGCUCUCCUGUCUCCUUUGAAUCCACACAUGGGUUAACUAACGCUCGAUGAACUUCUCAGAGUUGGGGUGGCGAGGAUAAAAGUGAGGGUAUAGCUAGACAGAAGUAACUGUGGGGAAAGAUGAGCUACAAAAAUGCUGGGGAGGCAGAGAACGAAUAAGUGCAUGUUUUCAACAGGUUUUUAAUGAUGUGCCCGAAGGGCCAGUAAUUCUGGUACCAGAUCGUCGAGAGAUUUCUACCAGAUGGCAUCUGUGAUGUCGGCAAUCACUGUAAAACUGGCUUUUAGAAGUGAAACAGGGUUACCAACCCAUUUGUAGGACUGUAACAACAUCAAGGAGGGCAUUUAGAAUUCAGAAUCUGAGUACAUCACACCAGCACCAACCAGUUCCUUAUCUAUCCUAGCCGCUUAAUAGAGACAAGAUCCAGAGGUAAGACACACCACAAACUAGUUCUUGCAGUACAUCCCACCUUCACUUUCUUCAAAGAUAAAUCCAUCCACAGUUUCCUUCCUUACCCAUAUAGUAGAGGAAAGGUUUCAAGCACCAGGCUUUUCAAAAUGGAUAUUUAUUUCUUCUCACUCAACAAAACAGGGCCAUCUCUGGUCCCAGGUAAGCCACUCGAAUUGCAGAGUGCUGAUAGCACACGGCUUAUUCCAUGGAUGUGGAGAUGAGAGAGGUCAAAGUAGGCCUGAGGAAACACGAACUGCAGAGGCCACAGACGUCCACUAAGCUGUGAUUCUGGGAUGCGAGUGUCUCCCCACUUCCCCGAAAUGGCUGUUAUGAGGGAUGAAGGGGCUUUACCGUACUUUCCUAUCCAGGUUCUUGACAUUUUCUAGCCUUUGGUACUACGUCAUCACCAAAUUUCUCCACAGGGCCACGGGUCCCCUCCUUCUGCCUCUCGGGAAGUUAGCAGAAUAGUCUUUGCACUCAGUGAUAUUGGAGGAAAGAGCCCUCUACCACAAUGUCCUGGAAACCACACGCCCUGUUCAGGGAGCCUUCAGGCUCUGAUAACUCAACCUCACCAAGUAUGCUUUUCUCUAUAGCACCGUGAAUGUCCUGCUUUCUGUUUUAAAUAAGAAGCAGUGAUAUUGUGGAGGAUUAAAAUCCACAGAUAACUCAUGACCCCCAUCUUCACACCUGACUUCCUCUUUUAUCCUGUUUAGUCAUUUUUGACAAGAUGUCAGGGUAGACUGAAGAUGCAAAGAUCUGCUUCUGCUCAUCUGCUGGUGGAUGCUUCCAUUAGCUGUCCACAGUCAGGACAACCAAAGUCAAGGACCUAGAUUAACCACUAGUCUGAUCAGCUACUCAGCAGUUGGCUACAUUAGAAUAAAAUGAAAAUGUAUAGGGAAUGGGGGGGAGUACCUGGCCUUGGAGAUAUUAGUUUUUUUAAGCAAUUUUUUGUAGAUCCCAUGUUUAAAAACAAAUGUUGUGAAUCUCCGCAUAAGUGAAAAAAUGACUCAAGAUAAAUUUAUGACACCAUGAGUAAGGCUUUGAAGAACCCUUGAAGGUGUUGGCCAUUUUCUAACUAACGUGUGGUAUGUAUGGGCAUGACCCUUGUAUUUGAUAGGAGCCUCUGCUACGUGAAAUUCAAAAGCAUCUUGCUUUUCUCAGGAACCAAAGGCAUAUAACAUGGACCAACCAAGUCCUCUUAGAACUGUCAAACAUUUUCAAAAUACCACAUCCAGAUCAUGAAAAUAUCCUUUUGCUAGUAUGCUCGACUUGUUCAUUCAUUGUAGGGAACAAGAGAGAGGAAGCAUGGAAGUUAAAUCCUGUGCAAUCCCUGAUAUAAUUUCUGAAAGAGAAAGUAGUGGAAGUAGCUGGUCAAGCAUCUAAAAUAAACUCAAGAUUAACUGGCAUGGGUGGUCUGCAGAAAGAAUCUGCAUUAACUGUUGAAUAAUUAGUGAAAAAAAAAAAAAACAACCCCACAUUAUCAAGAUUGUUAGUAUCCUUCUUGGGGCACUUUUGUUUUAAACCAUCCUACCCUUUUCUCCUCUUCCCUUUUAAUUGGACUUAUAACUGUUGCACCUACUCUGUGAAUCCACACAGAUCCUUUUUAGAUUUUUGAUACAUUUUAUAUUUUAGAAACAUGAAAUUUUUUAAUGUUUUUCCUAGAAUCUAUCUAGUUUACUUUAAGAUAAGUGGUUGUAAUCAAUCCCUGAAUAUCUGGAAUUUCCUCCAUGGAUUUUUUUUUGGUCUGGGUGUUAUAAAUGCACUUCAUCAUCACAUCACAGAGUGACAAAGGAAGUGAUUCACAUAAUUCACCUCUGAUUUCAGCCCAAGGUUCAAAUCCAUAUUCCAGCCCAUUUUGCUUCCUCUUUACAUUUCUUACUGAUUUCUGCUAGGAUCCUACAUAGGACGUCUACAGAAAUGUAUGAUAUGCCGUGGCCACUGCAUGUCAGGAUUGUGCGGUAUUUUACAAUAACACUACAAAAAGAACCCAGGCCUGUGAGACUUACAAGCCAAAGUGUGUGUGUGGGGCGGGGGGAAUGGUGGCAGGGGGCAUGAAAUCACAGAUCACAGAGACUUAACUGACACUGAAGCUGUGGUCACUCACUGUGAGCUAAGCCCCGUUCUAGCUGAAUGUUUGCCUGUCACCACAAACUCCCCCUCUCGGAAGAGAUUUACUCAUCAGUCCAAGCUCUUACUUUGGAAGUCCUAUUGUCCUAAUGCAACAUGAACCAAGAAAUUAAAAGUGCCUGUUAGUACUUGGUAGGCCACUUAAAAUUUUUACAAAACAUCCCACUUAAUGCCAAGUCUUUCAGUUCUCAAGGCAUCUAAUAGUCAUGCUUUAAACUUGACUUAAAAUCAUGCCACCCAAAUGGUGCACUUCACAGCUGCACCAGACUCCAACACCGUAAAGGUAAUUUACAAUUUUUACAACAUUCCUUGUGCAGUCUUUGCAGUUUACACUAAAAUCUUCUAAGCCAAAAGGAGGCUCACUCUAUGGAUUUAAAUGCAAACUUCAUUUACUGGUGCAGAAAGGCUCAUAAAACUCAGUUGUAGUCUUGCAAAAAUUUUAUUGGUCUUUUUGUAAGAGAUGAAUAGAAAUUGACACAGUUCUCUUUAAAGAGGGGAACUUUUUCCCAUUAUUUUUAUCUUCAACUGUAGGUGAUUUCCUUUGCCAUAGCCCUUAUAUAUUUUUUCAGUUGACUUUGAGAGGGCAUAUCAAGUUGGAUAACGAAAAUGGGGUUCUUUUUGGAUUAAAAGUUCUGGAUUUAUUGCAACUGUUUUCCCUAACAGAAAUUCUCGACAUCGGGAUUGGUAAGCAAAGGUAGAAUAACAUAGUGGUGCAACUGGUUUUGGGUUGUAGCCUCCCCUUGUCAAACUUCUGGCAAAUCGACCUGUGAAUUUCAAUGUGUCCUAAAAUCUUUCGAUGUGCUUUUGUCUUUCCUUUUUGCCAUUCUUCUCUCCAAUUUCUUAGUCCCUCUGUAAAGGUGUUGAAUAAUAUAGCCAUCAGAGGUGCUGAAGGUGACAUUGUCUCAGAGGUCGUUGUUUCAGACCCGUGGAGGUCACAGGAACCAGGAAGGAGCUGAGAAAUGUGCUUCUCUGGCCCGUUGUGUGGCACAUUUUCAUUCAUUUUCCUCAUGAAACAUUGCCACGUUCUGAAUCCUUAGCAACUCCCAUUGACUGGACUGGAGGUGACAUCCAUAGCAAAUGGGAGAGCCAAAUGUUGUCAUACAGAUAGUGACAAAAUUUUAUUAGCCCUUGGGUGUUAGUUGCCAUAGCUCUGUAACAUUUGAAAAUUGCUGCUUUAGCCAAAAGCUGAAUGACCACCGUUUUUCGCAGUUUCCACUGUUUUGUCUGCAUAGAAUUUUCCUGAACUACAAGCAAAAAUGUAUUUUGUCAAAUGUCACGAAGUGAAAAUGUUACUACUCUUAGACGUGCUGCAUAUUUUGUGUUUUUACUUUCCAAACUCUUUCAAAAGCUGCAGUUACAAAGCUGUUUGGCUGUAUCGACAGCAUGUGGUGUUUUUUGCAAAAGCAGUUCUAGGAGAGCCAGUGUCUGCCACGGACUCCUCACAUCCCCCCCAGGUUGGCCCCGAGAAGCGAAACGGCAGUCUGGUGGCCGUGUUCCUUCAGGAGACAAAAGGGGAUGGAGAUCGGACCUGGCCGUUAGUCACUAGUGUGUCGUACUGUGAUCUGAAGUAGGAACUGUCACUCACAUAGAAUAAUUGUGGUUUUUGAAGCAGCUACUUUGCGUUUUCCUUUUGCUGUGAAGAUCAUGGAUUUGGAAUGUCCUCAUGAGACGGGCCUAAGGCAGUGACAUUCAACUUCAUGUCUUAGAACCCACCCUUCAUCUGAACCCAAAGAUUAAAAAAAAACAGGCAGUAAGCUUCAUGUUCAUGCCUAAACUUAAAAGUAUCCUCCCCUACCCCUACUACUAGUUUGGCAGGGGGUACAUCUUUUUUUCCAAAAACGUUAUAGCCUGGAAUCAUAAAGUAUCACUAAAUUUGAUGACGUAACUCUGCGUGAAUGGAAAUAUUAUGUUCAAUACUCUUACAAAAGGCAUGAUUAUAUUGAAAAUGUCCUUUUGCCUCAAAUUUUGCUAACCCCCAAAAGUAUUUCACUAUUUCAAACAUUAUUUAUAUACAAAUUCCAAAAUUGGACAAAUUGGACAAUUCUCUUCACGUUUGAUAUGGGAGGUAGAGCUCUAACUGUGGUUCUGUGGUUGAGUCUCGAAAAGGGAAGGUGGCCUUUGAGGGAGAGUGUUGAGCAGAACAGCACGUCUUAUGACCUGAUGCAGAGACGCCGAUGUUACAACCAGAAAUAGCUCUAAUUAACGCUAACGCCCCCCCAGCGGGGAGGUCUGGUGAUGCUGAGGGGAGAGCCCCCCCUUAGCGGGGGCUUCAAUCUAAGCCUCAUCAGAGGUCACUAAAAAAAUCUCAAUCUGAAACUCUCUCCAGGGCCUGUCCUAGAUUAUGUCGGUCAAUUCGACUCAACACUUACCUACAAAAGGUGGGAAAAACUCCAUCUGUGGGAACUUUCUGAUCAGGAAAAGAAUUCAAUCCUUUUCUAAAUUGGACUAAAGACUGACUUAAAAUUUCCCCUUCCUCAUAACUGAUUCAAUAGGUACAUGCGAACCCUCAAGCGUCAAUCUAGAAACAUUGCAAAUAUAAGCAAUUAGAGGAAAAUUUGCAUAUUCUACUGACCAAACUCGAAAAACACGAGUAAUUAUUUACCUCCAUUUCUGUAUGGAAGAAUUGCAGAACAGAUUCUAUUUGGUUCUAUUCAUUUGCAGAAGGUGCACGGGCGGGUGGGGGGAGCGGUUCUUUCACGUGAUUCAUAUCUCAGCCCCAUACCACUCUCAGCUUUUAUUUGAGGUGUCCAAAGCCAACAGACAAACAAAACUCCAUUUGACAUGAGGCUGAAGGAGCGAGCACGCCAGAGGAGAGGUUUGGAUACAGCAUAGCCUUGGCUUCAUACCACACUUUUUGUGCCUUGUAUUAUCAAUGUAAAUUCUGAAUGUUGUACAGUGAAUACUUGGAUGGACUUCUUAGAAAAGGCUGCACUGGCUUCUUUUCCAGCACAUGUACAUAUCUAUAAAUAUAUAUACAUAUAUAUUUGGUAAUGCCAAACAGCUGUGUUAUAUUGUAUUGAACAAAAUGGACGGUUUGGAUGUUUUAUGUAGAGUUUGCAAAAAAAAAACUGGAUGGUUACAGACUUUUCAAGGUAAAUGUACAGACGUAAAUUACCGCUUAUCAGUUAUUUAUGAAUAAAGAGUCUUUUAUUGACA